CUCGCCGCGCGCCCGCCCGAGUUUUCUGAGACGGCCGUACAAUCCUCGGCAGUGUCCUGAGACUGUAUGGUCAUCUCAGCAGUCACAGCCAGCCCGCCUUUGGACUCUGGUCCUUGCAGCCUCUGCUUGCCUUUCCCCCCCUUUCCUUUCUUUUCUUGUUUUUUCCUUCCUUUUUUGAAAACCUAGCGAAGUGACUGUUUGGGGGAUAGAAACAGGAACUUGGGUUCGCCUCCCGAUGCCCUCUCGGCGCGUUUGACAACCUCCUCCCACUCCUUUCCCGACCCCGCCUCCCCCUGCAGGUUCCUCCCCGUCACCUUUCUCCACCUCCCGCCCCCGUACCUAGCCAGUCGCCCGCAAACUGCCACCUGAUUGUGCGGGGCGCUCCCGAACUUGCGAGCACCUAGGACCUUUUCCAACCGCCUGGGCCUCCGAAAGCGGACGAGGAUCACAGCGGAGGCAGCGGUCGCCGCCGCCGCCGCCAGCCGGAUCACCCAGGGGUUCCGCGUCUCCAGGGUCCACCGCGACAAUGACAGCUGACAAGGAAAAGAAAAGGAGCAGCUCGGAGAGGAGGAAGGAGAAGUCCCGAGAUGCUGCCAGGUGCCGGCGAAGCAAGGAGACAGAGGUCUUCUACGAGCUGGCCCACGAGCUGCCCCUGCCUCACAGCGUGAGCGCCCACCUGGACAAGGCCUCCAUCAUGCGGCUGGCCAUCAGCUUCCUGCGCACACACAAGCUCCUGUCCUCAGUGUGCUCAGAAAACGAGUCUGAAGCGGAGGCUGACCAGCAGAUGGAUAACCUGUACCUGAAAGCCUUGGAGGGCUUCAUUGCCGUGGUGACCCAAGACGGCGACAUGAUCUUUCUGUCCGAAAACAUCAGCAAGUUCAUGGGACUCACACAGGUGGAGCUAACGGGACACAGUAUCUUUGACUUCACUCACCCAUGUGACCAUGACGAGAUCCGUGAGAACCUGAGUCUCAAAAAUGGCUCCGGAUUUGGGAAGAAAAGCAAAGACAUGUCCACCGAACGAGACUUUUUCAUGAGGAUGAAGUGCACGGUCACCAACAGAGGCCGAACCGUCAACCUCAAGUCAGCCACCUGGAAGGUGCUGCACUGCACUGGCCAGAUGAAGCUCUACAACAACGGGCCCCCUCACGGCAGCCUCUGCAGCUUCCAGGAGCCCCUGCUCUCUUGCCUCAUCAUCAUGUGUGAGCCCAUCCAGCACCCGUCACACAUGGACAUCCCCCUGGACAGCAAGACCUUCCUGAGCCGCCACAGCAUGGACAUGAAGUUCACCUACUGCGAUGACAGAAUCACAGAACUGAUUGGGUACCGCCCUGAGGAGCUGCUUGGCCGCUCAGCCUAUGAGUUCUACCAUGCACUGGAUUCAGAGAAUUUGACCAAAAGCCACCAGAACUUGUGCACCAAGGGCCAAGUGGUGAGCGGCCAGUACCGGAUGCUUGCCAAGCAUGGGGGCUACGUGUGGCUGGAGACCCAGGGGACCGUCAUCUACAACCCCCGCAACCUGCAGCCUCAGUGUGUCAUGUGCGUCAACUACGUCCUGAGUGAGAUUGAGAGGAACGACGUAGUGUUCUCCAUGGACCAGACGGAGUCCCUGUUCAAGCCCCACCUGCUGGCCAUGAACGGCAUCUUCGAAAACUGCAGCGAGGCAGCUGUGCAGAGUGGAAACCAGAGCUUCGAGGAAUCCUCAGCUUACAGCAAGACCAUCCUGCCCCCCAGCCAGCCGUGGGCCGAGGAGUUGAGCCACAGUGCCCUGAGCGAGGCCGGGAGCCUGCCCGCCUUCUCCGUGCCCCAGGCAGCCGCCCCGGGCAGCACCACGCCCAGUGCCACCAGCAGCAGUGGCUGUUCCACGCCCAGCAGCCCGGAAGACUACUCCACGUCCCUGGCGGACGAGCUGAAGAUUGGGGUGACAGAGAAGCUCUUUGCCAUGGACACGGAGGUGAAGGAUCCGUACAGCACCCAGACCGACUUCAAUGAGCUGGACCUGGAGACGCUGGCGCCCUACAUCCCCAUGGACGGGGAAGACUUCCAGCUCAGCCCUAUCUGCCCGGAAGAGCCGCUCCUGCCGGAGAACCCUGCGCCCACUCCCCGACACUGCUUCAGCACCAUGACGAGCAUCUUCCAGCCCCUGGCCCCCAUGGCCACCCACAGCCCCUUCCUCAUGGACAAGUACCAGCAGCAAGUGGACAACAAGAAGACAGAGCCGGAGCACCAGCCUGCAUCCUCCAUCUUCUUCAGCGGCGGGAGCAAGGCGUCCCUUCCGCUGUGUUGUGGCCAGGCCAGCACCCCACUCUCCUCGAUGGGGGGCAGGUCGAAUACGCAGUGGCCGCCUGACCCACCAUUACCCUUCGACCCCACGAAGUGGCCCGUCGGGGAUCCGCACCCUGAGUCCCUGGGACCACCACCCCUGGGGACCUCGCCCCAUCCCUCCAUGAUCAAGAAGAGGUCUGCCAAGGGGCAUGGCCCUUGGGGCCCGGACGUGCUGAGCCCAGCCGUGGUCGCCCUCUCCAACAAGCUGAAGCUGAAGCGGCAGCUGGAGUAUGAGGAGCAGGCCUUCCAAGACAUGAGCCGGGGGGACCCACCGGAUAGCAGCGUUUCACAUUUGAUGUGGAAGCGGAUGAAGAGCCUCCGGGGUGGGAACUGCCCCUUGAUGCCAGAUAAGCUGCUGAGAGCCAGCGUCCCUAAUGAUGAGUUUGCCCAAAACACCGUGAGAGGCAUGAGCCAGCCCCUGAGACACCUGCCGCCACCACAGCCACCGUCGACCCUGAGCCCCCAGGAGAAUGCCAAAAGCGGGUACCCCCCACAGUGCUACGCCGCCUCCUACCAGGGCUACAGCCUGCCACCACCGUCAGCCCACAAGGUGUCAGGCAUGGCCAGUCGGCUGCUCGGGCCCUCCUUUGAGCCCUAUCUGCUGCCCGAACUGACCAGAUACGACUGCGAGGUGAACGUUCCGGUGCCCGGAAGCUCCACGCUCCUGCAAGGAGGGGACCUCCUCAGAGCCCUGGACCAGGCCACCUGAGCCAGGAGCCCGCUCCCACCCCAUCCCCGGGCAGGCCCUGCCACGCCGCCUGGCAGCUUCACCCUCUCGAGUCUGUUUUUGCAGCUAGAUUUUCCUAACACCAACACACUUUACAAGAUGUACCUACCUGGCGAACUCGUCCAGGGCACACGGGCCGUGGCCUUUUCUGGAAGAUGCUCACUUUGUCAUCCAUGUUUUAACACAAUGAUUGCCUUACCUGCUCCGCUGUGCCCUGUCUAGGAAAAUGUCCUUCAGCUUUGUAAGAUUGCUCUCUCCCCAUCUGCAAUGACUUCUAAUUUAUGUUAUCUAUACGUAUUUCCCCCCUCCCCAACACCCAGCACCCCUCUCCCCACAGUAGCCGUACUAACAAGUUUGGGGUAUGUUUAUUUUCCCAUUGGGAAACCUUUGGCUGCAGUCAACUCAAAACGUUGCUGUUGUUGUUGUUGUUGCCAAAGAGGAAAAGCAGAAAAGAUUCUGCCUCCCAAGCUUGAUUUGUGGCCUUUUCCUCCCGGAGCCCCCUACCCUUUUGUUUCUUUAUGAAAACAAAUCACUAUCGUGUACAUUACUUCUUCUUCUUUUUUUUUCUUCCCUGCCCCCGCCCCGAGCCAACUGUUGGCUCUCAUUUUUGAUACGGGCUUUUGAGGAGGGGGCUGGAAGGAAGGAAGAGACUGAAGGGUCAACUCCGAGGAAUGUGGGAACCUUUGAAAGUCACACUUUGUAGCUUUUCCAAACCUGCUGGGUUUUUUUCCCCUCAUUCAGCGGAUUUUUUCCCUUUUGCUUUUUUUAGAGAGUCUGUAUCUGGGUGAAGUGUUUAUCGCACGUAUGGGUACUUUGUCAUAUCGAAACACUUGGAAGUGGAAUCUUGCUCAAAAAAACCACUUCCCCUCCUCUUGGAAGCUGACGACGUUGAUGUGCUUGCGUCUGGGGUGGCGGAUACCCCAGAUUUGUGCAGACUCCCCUGACCCGUACUAACACUGCUCUAGGCCUCUGCUCUCUGCUGCCUGUCUGCUUUCUGGGACUUGGGCCGCAGCGUGAGAAGCAGUCCGAGCGUGGAGUCACCAUCACGCGAGCACACUGCGCGCCCCUCUCCGUGUCCUUGUCUGUAUUAUGUAUGUAUGUAUGUCCGUAUCUAUUAUUGCUGCCCAGAGGGUCUGGCGGCACGUCACGGGUUACGGGGGUGGGCCGGGGGAGAACACUUCAAGGAGGUGCUUUGGCUUCUUUUAAAGGCUUUGUUGCUAGCCCUUCAAGUGCACUGAGCUAUGUACGUGGCUCUUCGUGGUCGCUGCCCCCACGAUCGUUCCUCACUUGGCCCAUGGAGCUUUCCAGAACUACCAUAAAAUGGUUUGGAUGAGAAUUCAUGGGGGGCGGGGGUGAGGCUUCAGAAAUGUAAGCGCAAUCAAGCCCACAUCUUCCCACUGCCUUUGAGCAAUCCGAGCUGAACUGUGAGGGGGCUGGGGGGUGGAGGCAGACAGGAACGGCAGCUUGUUGCUAGCGGCCCCCUCUGUCUCGGAUCUCAGCCGACAGUGGCCGCCCUGCAAGUCCCCAGGGCAGCCACCCUGCUGGUGGUCGGCAGGCAAUCCUCCAGAGAUGCAGGGGGGCUGUGACUGUGCAGUUAGGAAGUACUGCAGAUAGGGUAUUCCCAAAGCACUUUGUAACUCACUGGGUAAGAGGGAUGAUGCCUUUCGCUGUUAAAUACCAAUCACACCGAGCUUUUCUGUCGUUGGUACAGGGAAGAGGAUUCUAAACACACACACACACACACACACACACACACACAGCAGGGCAAGAAUUUGGUGAACCCAGAUGAAUGUAUUGCAAAAAAGAAAAAAUACAACAACAAAAAUCACCUAGUCACUGUGUUGCCUAAAUCUUACUUAAGCACCACAGCUUUGCCAGACACACAGUGGCAGAACUUGAAGGGUUACGACGUGUAGUCGCUGGGUCUGGUUUCCUGUACCUGUUGCUUCAGCAUGAAGGGCCUUUAACCCUUGCCAUUUAAAACCCCAAGCUUCAUAUUAACCUUACCUAUCAGCGUAAUGACUUCAUGAAUAUUAUUAUAUUGUUGAAUUCCUACUGACAAUAUUAUAACUAUAUGGGAGCUUAACUUUAUAAGGAAAUGUAUUUUGACACUGGUAUCUUAUUAAAGUAUUCUGAUCCUA